UGUUUCCAAGCCAAACUUGUCCAUUUCUAGCUAGCUAUAUACUGUAUCCAUGGCUGUUGUUGAGGAUAAUUCAAACAAUACCUCACAAAACAGCAACCUCGGGAGUCCCUUUAACAAUAUUUGCAUCAGGAACACAAACAUAAGGUUGCCCUCUCUUCCUCAAAUUCCAAAUCCAAAAAUCCAAGACCCACUUCCUGAACCGCAAAAGCCUCAGCUGUAUUAUGAACUGAAACAACUUUUCCUCAAGAACGACGCCAGUAGAGACGGUCGCCUCAGCAAAAAGGAGCUAUCUAAGGCUUUCGCCACCCUCGGUUCGCGCUUCCCAGCUUACCGAGCCUGGCUCGCUAGGAUUGAAGCUGAUCUAGACCAUGAUGGGUACAUCAGUUGGGACGAGUUCGACGCCCUCAUUUCCUACACCAUGAAGUGGUUGGACUCUAAGUUUUAAUUUAUGCUUUGCUUUUUGCAAUUUUUCAGUGCACGGCCUAAAAUAAAUUGUUGAAUGCUUUCAAUAAAUACUGUCCACUCCCCUCUGCUGUUAAUAUUUCUUGGCCAAUUGCUUAAGUUUAUGAGUUGCGUAUAAGGUGUAAUAAAUAUUUUUUUUAUUA